CAGGCCCCGCCCAGGGCGUGACGCAGAGCGCCUCUUCCCGCUCCGCCGCCGCAGCCGCAGCCGCAGCCAUGGCGGCCGCCGCCCUCCGCGCCCUCCGCGCCCUCCCGGUCCUGCUGGCGCUGCUGCUGCCCCGGCACGCGGAGGCCUGUGGCGACCUGCCCAAGAGUGAGACCAUGAGGCUCAGUGGGGACGCCCAGCCCGCCUACGCGCCUGGAGACAGAGUGAGCUUCGUCUGCCGCCCGGGAUUCAAGCCUGUCUCCGGCCUGCCCACCCACAUCGUCUGCCAGGACGACAACACGUGGACGCCCCUCCAGGAGGCCUGCACGCGAAAAUCGUGCCCGCAGAUAGAAGACCCGGUGAACGGCAGGGUGGCCUACAGAGACCGGUCUCGGCUGUUCGGGUCCCAGGCGCAUUUCACUUGCAACGAGGGAUUCUCACUGAGUGGACAAAACACUCUGUUUUGUGAGCUUUCUGAAAACCAUGUGAAAUGGUCCGCAGACCCUCCACAGUGUAAAAAGGUCACGUGUGAGGCUCCUCCAGCAAUUGCCAAUGGCAGAUACAGCCGGAGCGGCGAGGACACCUUCGAAUACGGGGAUGUGGUGACCUACAGCUGUGACCCUCCCAACGGCACGGAUCCCUACUCCCUCGUGGGCGAGAGCCAGCUCCUGUGCUCUGGCGAAGGCCGGUGGAGCAGCGGCCCUCCGGAGUGCAAAGUGGUCAGGUGCCCGUAUCCUGUGGUUGAAAACGGCAGGCCCACCACACCAAUUGAGAAAAAAAACUACUACCAAGCAUCUGUGGAGUUUGAGUGCUUGGAUGGCUUCUACCUCAGCGGCCAGAGCAGAGCGUCCUGUGGGGCCGACAGCACCUGGUUGCCGGGGUUGCCCACCUGCACGAAAGGAGCUCCCGGACCCACUGAGAAGCCGCAAGCCCCUACGAGUCCUCCACAAUUAGGUGCCGGAUUCAUCGUGUUGAUCGUCCUGGCCGCUGUGGCCAUGACUGCAGUUGUUGGCAUCUUGGUGUACAAGUACCUUCAGAAGAGCCAGAAAGGGGAGACGGCGGCCAGCGCAAAGUACUCACCCACGGCAGAGGAGCCUUCCCCCUAAUGGUGACCUGAGACCACGCACCUGUCUCUUGGGAUUUCGGUGGACAGGUAAAUUCUACAGUAAACUUCCAGCAACUCUUAAGACAGCAUCAAGCUUCCUCCAAAGAAUAAAAACAGAAACAGCCACUCGAGCCGACAGGCCCAGCGCUGCUUGUCUGAAGACGUGUGAGAGAGUGAGCCUCCUGCACCCUGUGUACUGCGGUGACGCGAGGCAGGAGGCGGCCACGUGCCUGCGGUGUGAACAGAUAAAAACGAGUACUUGGGCCAGGCGUGGCACACUGGCUGAAGCGCACGUAGGAACGCAAGGACCAGCACGAGGAUCCGUUUGGGCCUCUGGCUCUGCAGCCUGGGGAGGUCACAUCACUAGCGGUGAAGCACAUCUGCAGGUCUCUCUCCCUCGUCUUCCCCGUCUCUCAAUUUCUCUCUGUUCUAUCAACAGUAGCAGCAGCGACAACAACUGAAAAAAGAUGAGGGGCCCAGGUGGUGGCGCACCUGGUUGAGCACACAUGUCACAGCGCACAAGGACCUGGGUUUGAGCUCUCGGCCCCCACCUGCAGGGGGAAAGCUUCACAAGUGGUGAAGCGGGGCUGCAGGUGUCUCUGUCUCCCCUUUAUCACCCCCUUUCCUCUCAAUUUCUGGCUGUCUUAUCCAAAUAAAUAAAGAUAAUUUUAAAAAGAAAGAAAAAA